ACUCUGAGACUGAUAGUGAAAGACAGAGAGUGAAAACCCCAGUUCGAGUUACUGGUUGAUGGACCCUUAAGAGAGGGAAGUGGGAAGGAGCGGAGGAGGCUAGAGGAGACCCACAGCGGCUUUUUUUGGUUUGAGCUUUUUGAGCGAAUAAAAAUGGUCGCAAGAACCCCACCAAAGCAGAGGAGAGUUAUGGCUCCUCUCAAUCCAAAUCUAAUCAGAGAAACUGUAAAGAAGGUGGAUAAAUGUAUGGCAAGAUUGCAAGAGUUACAAUACACAGUGGCAGGAGGGAAUAAGAUGAUAUCUGGGGUUAGUCUCAGUCCUAGAAGUACCAGAGGUUACUUGAAGGCUAGUCUCAGGUGCAAGCAAGAAUCUUUAAGGAUCAAGAAUGCUGCAGCCCCUAGAAGGUCUCCAGGGGGAAAGUUGCCAGAAAGUGCAGGAGGAGAAUGGCGAAGAAUGUCGUUACCAGCAAUGCUAUUAGGCGAAACAAUGGGAGAAAUUCUGCAAGCAAGCCUAUUUGCAAAAGAAAUAGUAGCAGCAGUUGCCAAUAAGACCAAGAAAAUCACCAUUGAAGAUCCCAAAACACCAGUGACUCAAAAGAGAAAUCAAAGACCAAAUCCUGAAAACAGUGAACUCAAGGUUAGAAGAAAGAAGGAAAAACAAAAUAAGCUACAAUCAAUCAGAUCAGAAUCCCGUUCGCCAACACUUCAAAGGGCUCGAUCGCGUAUCAAUUUCAAGGUUUCACCACCUAAAGUAAGAGAAUUUGACAAGGAGAACAACAGAUAUUUGGCAAAUAGAGUGUCACCAAGGAAUAGGCUAUUUGCUAAAAAGACUGUUCUAUUCCCAAAUCCUUUGUUUCUUUCCACACCUUCACAGCAGCAAAAAUUUUGCAAGACAAGGUCUCCAGUUGUCGCUAGAAACAAGCAAUCUCCACACAAGUUCUUGAUUAAGUCCCCACCAUCAACUUCCAAGUUUCAAGUGAAGAUCAAAAGCCCAGCAGUGGUUUCUCUUUCUCCUACAAGGCCAGCAAACUUGAGCAAGAAGAAGUCUCCGCAGCCGAAGCUGUCAACUGCUUCGAAAUUUCGUCGUUCAUUUUCACCUUCAAGAUUGGCAAACAGAUUGGUGUCUCCAUUGAAGAGCAGAAAAAGUGUACAGAAGUGUGAUGGGCAAACGAGUGGAUUGAAACAGCGUCCUCCAACUUCAAUACCCAUGCGAUUCUCGACAGGGAGAUUUUGAUGGGUGUGUGUUAGUUUUCUUUGGCUUUGCUUGAAUAUUUGUGUUCUUCUGAAAUGUCCAUAGUUUGAUUCUUUUAUUGUGAGCCCUUCUGUCUUACAUACAUUGUUUGUUUGAUGUAUAACUUUGUGAGCUAUUCAUUAAUAACUCAUAAUCAAAUUUCUGGUGUUAUCAUAAAGCGUUAUUUCUGAACA